AUGGUACCAGGUGCGAUCAUUGGAAUACUACGCCAUCUCAGUGAUCGAUCGCUCAACGCAUGGCCUCUCGGUCUGGCUAUCAUUACAGUCCUCUCAAAAGUUGCAUCGGCAGCACUCAUCUUGCCAAUAUCAGAGGCUAUUGGCCAACUUAAGUGGACCUGGUUUCAUGGCAAAAAGUCCAGAGAUGCAUUCGAUUUCGAAAUCUUCGACAAAGCUUCACGUGGCGCAUGGGGCUCUGUUAUGCUCUUAUUUCGUACAAAGGGCAGGUCUCUCGCGGCAUUGGGAGCUCUUUUGACAAUCUUGUUAUUGGCGAUUGAUACCUUCUUUCAGCAGGUUACCGACUUACCAGAGCGAUGGAAACUUCAAGGAGAGAGCUUCAUCCCACGCGUUGUCCGGUACGAACCCAAUAUCGAGUUUCAAUAUGAGGACAAGACAGACGCGCCGAUGGCCGUGCCAAACAACGGGUUAUGGAGGGGGCUAGGGCCGUUCUUCUACGACCAGAACGGUACCCGCCCACUGGAAACUGGUAACUCUACACAAGCUGAGAUACCGCUUAUAUGCCCUACCAGUCGGUGCGAAUGGCCACCGUACGAGACUUUAGGCGUUUGCAGUGCUUGCGAAGAUGUUUCCCACCUUCUCGAGUAUGCUUGUCUCACAACGAGAAUGGACUGGAUCAGAGCUGCUAAGGGUAAUGGAAUGAAUCUCACCUAUACCGAAGGAACUGCCUGCGGCUACUUCUUGAAUGCAACUAGCGACAAUCCUGUUCUUAUGUCAGGAUUUCGCGUGGACAACCUCACCAACCCUGUACCGGGUGAGACACUCCUGAUGCGCACUUUACCGCUUGUUACCAGUCUCUUCAGGGAAUCUCUAUAUGGGGGAACCAUCAACUUUGACGCUAUUCAGUAUCGCAUACUCGAUGCGAUUGUUGUGAGCUCAGUGGAUGGAUCUGCCAAUAGUGUCUAUGAGAAAAAGCGCCCAGUUGCUCAAGAAUGUAUGUUGUCAUGGUGUGUUAAAACACUCCGCUCGUCGUACGAUUCCGGGGACUAUCAAGAAGAGAUACAGGAUACUUUCAUCAAUACAACCAAGGCGGAAUGGCCAUGGCAGAUUGAAAAUGACCCAGUGACUGAGUCAACUAUACAGACGUUCAUGCCAAAUAUCAGCAUAUAUCCUCCCUCACAAGCAGGAAGCAAGAUGGCCUUUGGGGUCUCCAAUGAUACAUUCCUGGAUACCGUCCUCAUUCUCGACGAAAUUUUUCCAUCGAUGAUUACGAUAUCGAAUCCAACGGCGCGACCAUUCAUCAAAAUACGCGUUAGCAACACCAGAGCGGCCACCUUUCGUACGGUUCGGUUCAGCCCUUGGCUUGCACCGAACAACGUUAGCCAUCAUCUGGAACGAAUGGCUCAAGCUAUUACAAAUGUGAUCAGGUCCGAUACGGAUAGCAAUGAGCUUAUUGCUGGUACUGCCUAUGCCCGAGAGACGUACGUGGCGGUCCAUUGGGCAUGGCUUGCGUUUCCGUUAGCUAUGCUACUACUGAGCAUAAUUUUCCUAAUAUCGACGAUAUUAAAGACCUCGAGCGAGAAUUACCAGGAAAUCGGCAUAUGGAAGACUUCAGCUAUGCCAACCUUGAUGUACAGUCUGCCAAACGACGCACAAAGGGGGAUCAUAUCGGCGACCCGUCCAAAAGAGAUGGCAUUCAAAAACACAGAAAAGGUGCGAAUUAGACUUAUGCCCAAACAGGGCUGGAGAGUUUCCGGACAAAUACACCCUGGGCCGACUCCGCCGCCUGGUUUUAUUUAA